AUGAACAGCUUACGACCCACUAGCGUGUGUGACACCACACCUCUGCAACGUCUUGAGAGUCAAAGCAGCUGCAGUGAACCAUCUUCGCCGACAUUGAAUGGUGCCACACUGGCAUCAGCCUCCAUAUCGGUGGGUAUGUGUGGUGCAGCAGCUGCUGUGGCUGCCGUUAACAGCAACAUCAGCAGUCAAGAUACAGCAACAACAACAACAGCCUUACUGUCGAAUGGUAAUGCCAACUGUGACAGUGGCUCUGGUUCGGCAAUGGGUACGGGCAAUUAUCUUGGGGCUAGUAAUAAUGGUUGCAGCAGCGGUCUGGGCCACAGUUCGGGCAGUGGCAUCUCGGCAUCACCAUCAUCAACAACAACGGCGAGUACGGCCAGUACAACAUUGUCAUCGCUAUCGAAUCACCAUAACAACAACAAUAACAACAACAAUAUUAAUCAUAGCAAUAAAAACGAGAAAAGUUUGAACAUAUAUAUCGGUUCGGUUGGUGGUGGUGGCCACAACGUAACGGGUGUCGGAGCGAACCUGGGACAAAAACACAAAAUGGAAUUAUAUGGAACGAGGAAGAUUUGUUGUCGAAUUUUAUUGGAUUUUGUUCUAUUGGCGUGUGUUGGCUUACCCAUUCUCAGUUUUACACUUUGGGGUGAAGCGUAUAAACGCGGCUUCUUUUGCAAUGAUGAUUCGCUAAUGCAUCCCUAUCAUGAAUCGACAAUGCCGAGCUGGUUGCUGUAUUUGAUGUGUUUUGUGGUGCCGAUUUCGGUGAUAACAAUGGUCGAGUUUUUCAAAGCAAACUCCCAUAAAAUGCGCAGCUUUGGUAAUUUAUCUACAAGCAAUUAUUAUUUUUGGCAUUUGGAAAUACCCGACUGGACUAUUGAAUGCUACAAACGAAUUGGCCUGCUGAUCUUUGGUUCAGGCGUAUGCGAGCUGACCACCGAUAUUGCCAAAUAUUCGAUUGGUAGAUUGCGACCACAUUUCUUUGCGGUCUGCCAGCCAAUAAUGAGUGAUGGCACCACUUGUGAAAAUCCCUUGAAUGAAGGCCGUUACAUUGAGGAAUUCACCUGUCGUGGUUUAAAUUAUUCGGAGAAAAUUAUCAAAGAGUCGCAUUUAUCGUUUCCCAGUGGACAUGCAAGUUUUACUUCGUUUACGAUGAUCUAUAUAGCGAUCUAUUUACACAAACGCUUGACGUGUUCGCGCAGUAAAAUGUUUAAACAUUUAUUGCAAUUUAUAUUUUUAAUGUUCGCCUGGUAUACAUCGCUGACACGUGUUUCCGAUUACAAACACCAUUGGACAGACGUAUUGGCCGGGGCAUUGAUUGGCACUGCGUAUGCAAUAAUUGUGGUAAGUUCAAUGAAAUUAAUUCACUUGAAAUUGUCGAAUGUGUGCUAUGAUCAUUAUUAUGUGACAUUAAUUACAUCCUCCAUGUGGUAG